AUGUCAGACAUAGUUGACAUUCUUGAUUCGACCACUAAUAACGAUUCGAUUAAUUUAAAUCUCGAUGAUGAUUCAGAUGAAAGCGGUGAAACACCAUUUCAACGUCUUAUUCGUCUCUAUGCGUCACAAUCGAAUUAUAAUGACAGAAAAAAUGCAGUUAAAUAUAUCUUAGAUGCACUUCGUUUUGUAAAUGAUGUUGAAAGUUUAUAUCAAAUCUUAUCAUGUACAAAAAAAUUAGCUGAUGAUAUUGUAAUUCAAGUUCAAAUUGAUUGUUUAGAAAAAUUUGUUUCAAUUAUUGAAUAUUUAAUAUCUAAUGUUGAAAAUGCUGAUUUACUUAUAAAAGAAUAUUUAUUUCAAUCAAUUGUUCAAACUAUUGGACAUGGAAAUAAUCGAAUUCGGAAAGCAAGUCAAUCUGCAUUAAUUCGUUUAUUUGAAUUAGAACAAAUUAAAAAUGAUGAUAUUGAACAAGAAAUUAUUCCAGCAUUAUGUCAAUUAGAUUCGGCAUGUGAUGAUUUUAAAAAUGAAUCAAUAGUUUUAAUGACACGUUUAACCCAAUAUGUAUCAAAUGAUUUAAUAUUAAAAUAUUUUGUUCCAACUAUAGUACAACAAUCUUCUUCAAUUGCAUUUCAAACAAGAAAGACAUGUGCAACAUCUAUUGGUGAUUUAGCAACAGUUAUUCCAUUAUCAGCAGUCGAUCAAUAUCUUGUCCCUUGUCUAUCAAAUUUAUGUAGUGAUCCAUUUUGGGGUGUACGUAAAAGUUGUGCUGAAGUAAUUCAUCCACUUGCUCAAGUUUGUUCAAAAGAAUCCCGUUGGAAUAUUUUAUCACCAUGUUUAAUUCAACUUUUACAAGAUCAAUCACGUUGGGUUAAAACAGCAGCACUUCGUGUACUUGGUUAUUUUAUUUCAACAUUUGCUCAAUCAAACGAUCAAAAACAAGAUGAUGAUGAUGAUGGUGAAGAAUUAAAUUCAAAAAAAGAAAUCAAUGAACAAAUUGAUGAAUUAGAUUUGAAAAUUGAGAAAAAUCUUCAAAUUAAUGAAAAUGAAAAAUUUAAUGAUUUUAAUUAUUGGAGAGAACCUCUUUUAACAAAUAUUGAUUUUGAUCAAGAUAGUAAUUUUAAUUCCACUCAAUUUUUAUCAGCACGUAAACAAUCAUUACUUGAAAUAUCUCAAACAUAUCAUCCUGAUGAUGUUAAUAGUAUAUUACCAAUCGAAUUAUUAGAUUAUUAUACAAAUUUAGUUGAACAAUCUUAUUCAAGUGGUGUUGAAACAGAUAUUGUUCAUCAAGGUGCCCAUACAUUUCCUGCUGUUGCAUUAACAUUAACAAAUAAAAAUUGGCAUCUUAUUAAAGAUGUACAUAGAAAAUUUGCUGAAGAUUUACAAUGGAAAGUUCGUCGAACAUUAGCAUAUUCUUUACAUGCAUUAGCAGAAAUUUUAACUGUUGAACAAGUAGAAGAAGAUUUAUGUCCAGUUUUUGAUUCAUUUUUUCGUGAUGUUGAUGAAGUUAAAAUUGGAAUCCUCUCACAUUUAGCACAAUUUUUAAAAGUUCUUCAAUUAUCAACAAGAAAAAUUUAUUUAGAUAAAUUAAAUUCUUUAACUUGUGUUGAUAAUCAAAGAAAUUGGAGAUUUAGAUCAGAAAGUGCCAAUCAAUUAUAUGAAUUAACAUCAUUAUUUUCAUCGGUGGAUGUUGGUGAUUAUAUAAGUCCACUUGCAUUUACAAUGGCUCUUGAUAGAGUAUCUGAUGUUCGACAAACUGCUAUUAAAGCGUUAUCCGGUUGUUAUUCAAAAUUUAAUAGUGAAAAUGCUGAAAGUCCAACAGAAGUAUUUCUUGAUGAUUGUCAUCGUUUAUUUGGUUCAUCAUUAGAUUGGAAAUUACGUCAAUCAUAUGUAAAUCUAUGUGAAUCAAUAUAUAAAUUACAUGCAGAUACAUCUGAUCAAUAUGCAUUAAGAUUUCUUGGAACACUUUUAUCAUUAAAAGAAGAUCCGGUUGUUAAUGUUCGUCUUUCUCUUGGAACAUUUGUUUAUCAAAAUUUAAUUAAUAAUGAUUUUUAUAAAGAUUUAUCAGAUGAUUGGAGAAGUCAAAUAGAUGAAUGUCUUCAAAUGUUAUUAGUUGAUCGUGAUCGUGAUGUUCGUGCAUCUGUUGGAGGAAUUUAUGAAGCACGUGGAACUUCUCUAACAUCCGAACAUUUUAAUGAUGAUUCAGAUAGUUCAAUACAAAAUAAUACAAUUACACUCGGUGAUGAACAAUUAAAUCAAUCUUAA